AAACAUCACCCUACCUCAACCCCAUGCAUCCUCUUGCUUUCAUUCUGUUUCAUGGUCUCCACUUAGCUCAUGCAAGGCUCCUUUAUUCAGGACCAGAAGAUCUAUACGCUUUUCCAAAGCACAGAGUAUCAUUUCUCAAUAAUCUUCCAGUCCAUAAUGAAACAGCUCAGCAUUGGCUUACCCAAGGACUACGAGGCGGAGAAAGUGAAUUUUUAGAUGAGCUGUGGGAUCAGUCGGCGUGGUUUUCCAAUGCGGUAUACAAGGAAAUAGGUAGCUCUGAGCUGGAAAUGUCAAAUGACGCCUCGCAGAUAUCACACUCUCCGAUACCAGAUAAUUCUGGAUAUAUGUUAAAUCAUAUGAAAAUGGGGCCAGACAACGAGUUCAUUUGCCUGAUUCCUCCAACCCGUGAUACUCCAAUAAAAGCACAGGAAAAUAUCGACCAGGAUGCAGUCCUCCGCAAUGGCUGGUCACUUCUUGAACCUUUAUCCGGAAAAUGUCUUUAUCAUCGGCAAACGUGGUUCACUUAUUCAUACUGCCACAAUCAAGAGAUCAGACAGUUCAAGGAACUCGCUCACACGCAACCUCGCCCAGCAGGAGCUUACGAACCCACUGAGGACCCAGAAUGGGAAGCGUUUACUUUGGGACGUGCCCCCUCCGCACAAGAACCAGGAGCGGACGUAGCCGUCACAGAUCGCCACGCUCAGGUUGGAAACCUUGAAGUUGCUCAUGGUCCAGGUUCUCGUUAUCUUGUACAACGAUGGGGCGAUGGCACAUUCUGUGAUAAAACGGGAAAACCUCGCGAAGUUGAAGUCCAGUUCCAUUGCUCGAUGACAAUGGCAGACUCAAUUCUUCUCGUACGCGAAGCAAAGACUUGUUCCUACGUACUAAUCGUACAAACUCCACGUCUCUGUGGAGAACCCGGGUUCAAAUCGCGGAUGGAAUUGCCGGAGCAGACAUUUAUCCGUUGUCGGCAAAUUAUCAACCCUUCGCUGGACUCUACUCCUCAAGCCACCCAUCUCGAACAACGAAUGCCUGACGACCGUCGAAUACCGCUCGACUUCGACCUACCUUCGUAUCUGAACCGUGACACGCGUUUCGCCGUACCACCCCCCGCGGCUAAGAGUUCCCUGGGUCCUGGCGCGGGUCAAAGCGAAGACCCAUUGGAUGGGAUAUUGAAACGUACGGUAGAAGCGUUGAUAAACAGUCCGGAACUUCAAUCCUUGUCGGGCGAAAACUCUCAAGUCGUGCUUGGGCGCGGCCAAAACGGCGAGAUUAUAAUCGAGAUUCUGGAAGAGAUUCCAUUGGAUGACCUCGGAGAGCCUGAUUUACAGGAAAGGAAUGUGGAUAACUACGCUCAUAUAGUAGAAUCCCUUCGAAAAGCUGGUUACCAGUUGAAUGAACCGAAGGACGAGAAGGAGCAAGACCACGAUGAGGUUAGGGAGGGUCAGGGGGAAGAAUCGGAAAAGUCGCGUGAAAGGAAAGACGAGCUCUGAGGUGGGCAGGCAUCUUACUAUUGGUUCAAACAGCUGGUUAAUUUGGCUUCUGCACUAGGCUCGAGAUGUGAUUUUUUCG